UUGAGUUGAGAAUUAGAGACAGAGAAAAAGAGAAGAUGUGGCCAUUCAAAAGAAGAGGAGUUUCUGGGUUUUCAUGGUCAUCCACUGCAGAAGAAGUUACUCUCGGAAUCGACGCCACUGCUCUUACUGCUAUUGUUACUGGUGCAUCAAGUGGUAUAGGUGCUGAGACAGCUCGUGUUCUUGCAUUGCGUGGUGUGCAUGUCAUAAUGGGAGUGAUUGAUAUGAUGGAUGCUUUUAAUGUUAAGGAUUCAAUACUUAAGCAAUUUCCCACUGCUAAAGUUGAUGUCAUGAAGUUGGAUCUAAGUUCAAUGGCUUCUGUUCAUCAUUUUGCUGAUGAGUUUAAUUCAACUUCUCUUCCAUUGAAUAUUUUGAUAAACAAUGCAGGGAUUUGUGCAUCCCCUUUCAUGCUAUCCAAGGACAACAUUGAACUUCAAUUUGCUAUAAAUUAUUUAGGUCAUUUUCUUCUAACAAAUCUGUUGUUGGAAAAUAUGAAGAAAACAGCAAGAGAAAGUAAGAUACAAGGAAGAAUUAUUAAUGUCUCCUCCAUGGGUCAUAGAUUUACUUAUCCUAACGGAAUCCUUUUUGACAAACUUAACGAUCCAUCAAGUUACAACAAUUCACGUGCCUAUGGACAAUCAAAGCUUGCAAACAUUUUACAUGCCAAUGAACUUGCAAGACGUUUCAAGGAAGAUGGAGUAGAUAUUACUGCGAAUUCUCUUCAUCCAGGAUUUAUAACCAACACAAAUAUAUAUCUUCAGAAUCGAUUUCUCACAGGUCUAAGGAAUAUAUUAAGUCCAUUUUUACAUUACAUAGAGCGAUUUGUGGUGAAAAAUGUGGAGCAAGGAGCAUCAACAACAUGCUAUUUAGCAUUGCACCCAGAAGUGAGUGGAAUCAAUGGCAAAUAUUUUACAGAUAAUAAUGUUUCAGAAACAUGUUUGCAGGGAAGGGACAUGGAUUUGGCUAAGAAGCUAUGGGAUUUUAGCAUGAAUUUGACCAUGAAAAAUUAACAGUGACAAUGGUCAAUUUGUAAGAAAAUAGUGUAUUGUUCAAGCUUAAAGUUUGAUGGUUUGUGUAAGGGUGGAUUUUACGUAUAUGUAUUUAAAUGUUAUUAUAAAGUCCUCGUUAACAUAUAAAAUAUAGUGUUAAAGAUAUAUUUAUGUAGUAAAAACCAUUGGGAAAAGUUUG